UAAGAUCGUAAACAAUUGUAAUUUGUGUCUUGUUCUGUGUAAUGUAUUAUUUUAUCAACGAACUAAGAAAAUCUCUUUUUUGACACAUAAAUGCGUACUGUAAUACUCUUCAAUCUCCAUUGUAAUAAAGCAAGAGAUUCUUAACCUUUAAGUUGAUUGAAAUACAAUAUUUCUGACACACAUUACUCUUCCAAAGAUCUUCAAAGAUUUCCAAAUUAUUUAGACUUAGGUCUAAAAUGAUGAAAAGAAUUGUCAUUGCAAUAACUUCUGGAGUUAUCGUGUCAGAAAUAAUGUGGCAGUUAUACAAAAAACAUAAGCGUUCUCGGAAGAAAGUGAUCAAUACUUUCAAUUGCAAUGGUUCCGUAGAACAGCUUUGCGACAAUACAGAAGCAAAAAUUUUGGAGGUUAUGUUUUUUUCACAAGACUCUGCUUUAUGUCGACCACAUUUGAAAUGUAUGCAACCAUGUAGAAAGCAGAAUUGUCCAAUAAGAUACUUAAAGAAGAUUAUAUAUUAUUUGGAUUCGGCAAUUCAUACUUUAGACAUAUGUUUAUAUUUCUUUACAUUUGUGGAAUUGGCAGAGGCAGUUAUAAGGGCUAAAAACAGAAAUGUUGUUGUAAGGAUCAUAUUGGAAGAUUCCAUGACAUAUACUGAUCGAAGCCGAUUAAUGACCUUUUGCAAAGAAGGCAUUAAACCAGUAGUCAAACAAUUGGACGUCUUGGUGCACCAUAAAUUUGUUAUUAUUGACAAUAACAUUUUGAUAACAGGUAGCAUAAACUGGACUAAAUCAGCAUUUUUUGGAAAUUUUGAAAAUGUUUUAAUAACUAACGAAUCAGCAAUAGUUAAGCCAUUUAUAUAUGAAUUUGAGAGGAUGUUGACGAUGCUCACUGAUAGAGAAACUAAUUUUGAAAAUUCAGAUAUAUAUUCAUAAUUUAUUUUAAACGUCUUUACUUACAAUAAGUAAAGAGUAUAAACAUUUGUUUAAUGCUUUUAUUUUUUAAUAGAACUAAGAUUCAGACCAAGACUCUUGAAUUGUGAUAUGCUGACUUGUUUAAAACG